CAGCAAUUGUAAUAAUACGGUUCAAAGAAAUGAAAAGUUGAGGCGACAUAAUGUAAAGGUACAAAGAUCACAAGCUAAAUAUUAUUUUAGAUUUACAACUUUUACUCUUAACUUAAGUGAACAUGACAUCAUAUUUCUACCUUGUCAGAUCAAUGCUAAGAGAAAAGUCGAUGAUGAUAAUAAUAAUAUCAACAAUCAUAACAUACUAUACUACUAAUUAACCAAUUCCUCAGCUGACUAGACAAGCUUAUUAUAUCGGAUGAGAAACAAACAAUCCUUCGAUGAAUUAGCCGAUUUCCUGGCUGGUUGUAUAAUUGAAUUGCCAAAUGAGCCAGCACACUUCACGUAACUUCACAUACAGAUAUUUUUAUACCCAAUUAGAUAUCGGUGCCAAGUUAUAUUACAAGCAUUUGGAUUUCCUGAAAUGGUGUGUUAUCUAAUUCAGUAUGCUAAGGAACUUUGAUGCAGUUAUAUCUGAGAAUUGAUAUCAUUAUAAAACAUUGACGCCAACUUGGAAUCAUUUUAAGCGCAAGACAUCUCAUUCAAGACACAGAUUCGAGCAAUUGAAUACAGGUGCGAAUGACGAGAUGAAAGCGUAUGUCAAGAUUGGAGAGGGAUUUUCCAACAAGUUUUCACACUCGGAUGCCAGCCGACUGGAACAACUACAUCCGUGAGAUCGUUUCAACAAAAACAAAACCUGGGCGAAAACUAGAAUAGGAUCAUACGGGAACUAUCUCACUCCACUCCGGAAUCAUAUACCAUGGAACAGACAGGUUGGCUUCGGAUAGGCCUUUUUUAUAUCUACCUCGUGGGUUGCUUUUCUGCGAAAAAUAAAGAACUCCUUCAAGAGAGCGAGGAGUUGGUCAAAGGAGAUUCAGAUAUGUCAAGGAGAUACAACCCUCUCAAUCAAUCAGAUAAUGACCUACAGCAUCAACGAUCAGCUGAAGAGAAAUUGAUGUCAAUAUUGUUCAGAAACUACAACCCAUCCGCUCGACCAGUGCUCAACGCAACCGAAAGUGUGCAAGUCAAUAUAAGAUUCUUGCUCAUGAGGAUCAAUGAUUUGAACGAAAGAAGCGAGAUGAUGGUCAGCACAGGCGUUAUUGUCUCAGAAUGGUAUGAUGAGCGCUUAGCAUGGUCCCCUGAGAAACAUCAUAAUGUAAAUGAUUUCAUCAUCGAGGCGAAGAAUAUUUGGAAGCCGGAACUCACUCUUAUAAACGGAGCUGUAUCUCUAAAUCAGGAAAAAUAUUACGAAGAAUUCCGGGCAAUUGUUAACUAUUCUGGUUUGGUACAUUGGGAACCGGGUGGCGUAUAUGAAACCACGUGUAAAAUAGACAUAUCUUACUUCCCAUUCGAUAGACAAAGGUGUAACCUUGUAAUAGGUACAUGGGCCUACUACAGUGGUAAGAUGAACCUCACUACAGAUGUUGAUAAGGUCGAAUUGAGUGACUAUCAGGAAAAUGGAGAAUGGGAUCUCUAUAAAAGUAACGUUAUAUGGACAUCAUUCGCUUUCGAAUGCUGUCCCGAUAUCAAAUACUCUAAGGUUGAGUUUGUAGUGUAUCUUAAAAGACGCCCUGCAUAUCACGUGAUGAAGAUUAUUGUCCCAUGUGCUCUGUUGUCCACAUUGAUGAUGUUUGCAUUCUGGGUGCCACCAUCCACCAGUGGGAAGAUACAGUUGGGGAUAUCUGUGGUCCUCUCCUUCAACGUGUUCCAGUUAUCCGUUGUUGACUCAAUACCAAAAACCUCUAUGUACUACCCAUUAAUAGGCAUGUAUCUAACUACAAAUCUGACAUUAUCUACUUUGUCUGUUUGUCUCACCGUGUUUGUCAUCUAUGCAGACCGCCAGCAAGACUGUCUUCCACCUUUAUGGGUCAAAAAGUGGAUCAUGCAUUAUUUAGGACGUUUCCUUUGUAUGGGUGCGUUUGAUUUUACCAAAAAUGUAGUAUACAAACCCAUGAAACCCAAACGAAAAAAGCAUAAAAAUAAUCACAUGAUUGAAAUGGAAGACUUGACUAUAGAUAACCAUCAAACUAUCGAAAACAGUCAGACAGAAGUUAAGUGGAAUAAUUAUGGGCGUGAUGCCAUGGCAGCCACAGUUGAAAUAACUAGUAGAACAGCACUCAAUCCAAAGCAGCAUAAAGAACAUAAAAUCCACGUGGGAAAUGACUGGCACAGGUUAGCUGCUGUAUUAGACAGGCUAUUCUUCUGGAUGGUUUUUACAACAAUAAUACUAUCAUCGGCAAUAAUAUUUGGUAUGCCAUAUGUCAACAAUGCAAAUGAAGAUGCUGAUUGAUGAGGGAAUGAAAACCUGCUUAAUCUAAAAAGAGUUAUUCAAUAUUAGAAAUGAAUUAUUAAAUGUACCAUUUUGUUUUGACAUCGAGAGGUACCUAAAGUAAAAAUUUGUUUUCUCGUGGCGUUACUGAAGUAAAUUAUAAUUUUACUCACAAAGACAAAGUAUUAUGACUCUGUAAAAGUUACUCUAAAAAUGUUAUUGUUCCGUGUACAUUAUUCAGUAAAUUGUAUAUUUUAUAUAUUCAAAGUUACUCAGAUUUUAAUUACCGGAGUUUAAACAUAUCGGAU